AUGACGACCUCUCUUCCAUCACCAUUAUCACCGUUACCCGGCUUCGUUUUUCAACCCACACCUCCAGAAAUAUUCACUUAUUUUCUUCCUCAAAGGUUACUUUUCGGUCUCGAAUCAUUACUUACCUACCAAGAUUUUGUGUCAGACAUCAAUCUUUAUGAAAAUAAGACUCCUGAAGAGAUAUUCGAAGGCUCAGAACAGACAGAAUUCUACUUUUUCACUAAGUGUAAAGGAUCCGGUAAGAAUAUAAAAAGAGAAAUAGCCAGAAAAGGAAAAUGGACGAGUCACAGUCAAACGAUUGAUUGCUUAGUGGAGAUUGAAGGGAAGAAGAGAAGAGUUGGUUCAAGCAGACAAUUCAAAUUUCAAAAUAAUCCAUGCAAAGAUUCUAGGGUUUCUUGGAUCAUGCAUGAAUAUUUGGCGGAUAAAGAUUAUAUCAAGGACGUAGCCCUAUCCCAAAACUGCAAAAAUAUCAAUAAUGGCAUAACAAUGGGUAAUGACGAGGAGCCACCACAAAAGACAAUCGCCGCCGCCGUCGAUCUGGACUACUAUCUUGGGUCAGGUGACGGCCCCGGUAUUGUCAUCACCCCUGUAAAACUUCGAGGAGCGUCGAACUACGAUGAGUGGGCCAAAGCGGAAAGUAUAAUUGCAUUAUGCUAUAUUUACAAGAAAGUGGAGAAAAAAGAAGAGAAUGGUGUGAGAUAUUCGAACACAAUCUUGAACAAGAAAAGAAAAGGAGAUUGCAUGAUGUUAGAGGGAAGCAAGAAGAUUUGCAUUAACAACGACGUCGUUGAGGCCCAACACGAAACAAUUAGGCCAUCUUAUGAAGAGGAAACAAUGAAGAUUAGCAUUGUCAAUGGAGAUGAUAAGGAGAUUAUGGAAGCUAAUUAUGCUGGUAAAGAUAUUGAUGAAACACUCAACAUGAUUAAUUUCGACGAUUUUUCGUCAGAAAUCGAUGAUUGGGAUUUCAACAACAAGAAUGUUGAUUACACGACUGCUAUUACUACUACCACUACUGAUGAUGCUAAUUUCGAAAGAGACUUAUUGUCAGAGGAAAACAAGUGGAGUUCCUACGUGAAUGUUCAACAGUUUAUCGAGACAUCAUCAGACUUUCCAACAAUGGAUGUUGCAGGUUUCAACAACAACAACAACAACAACAACAACAACGAAGAUUAUGUUUCUUAUAUAGAAAAGUUUUUACUAGGUUGA